GAGGGGGAGCCAAAUCCGCCAUAUUGAUUUCCUUAGACGUGCAUUCGACUCUCGGGAAUGAACACUGAAAAUGAGCGAUGAGGAACGGGAUAUCGACAUUGAGAGCGACGAUGAUGAGUCUCUGGGAACAGCACGAGGAGACUUCCAGUUCGCGUCACAGGCUGAGAAGCGCGCCCACCACAAUGCACUGGAGAGGAAGCGACGGGACCACAUCAAAGAUUCUUUCUGCUCCUUGCGGGAUUCAGUUCCAUCCUUGCAGGGGGAGAAAGUGAGUGCAAGCCGAGCACAGAUCCUGAAGAAGGCGGCAGACUAUAUUGAGUUUAUGAGACGCAAGAACUCUGCACACCAGCAAGACAUUGACGAUCUUAAGAAGCAGAACAACCUCCUUGAAAACCAAAUUCGCUCACUGGAGAAGACCAAAUACACAGGGAACUUUGCAGCCAUGACUUCCAACAGUGCCCUCCUGACCUCCAAAGCUGGGUCACUGGGGGAGUUUGAUGGGUCAGGCUCCGAGACCUCAGACUCCGAGGCGUCAAACAGUGUGUGCCGCAAGAAACUAAAGACCUAACCGAACUGGAGUCUUGUGUGUGGUGUGUGGUGUCACCUUGCCUGCCUGACCUCACUUGACAACCUCACCUCACUUGACCUGGCUUGUCUUGUUCUUGUUUGUUUUCUUGUUGAAUUUCCUUCUUCUUUUUCUAUUUUUCUUUCAAUUUUCUCUUCUCUUACUUUUCCUAAUGUAACUUCACCUAUCCUAAACUUUCAACCUAACCUAAUUAAACCAAACCAAUUGAAACUCUCUCUCUCUCUCUCUCUCUCUCUCUCUCUCUCUCUCUCUCUCUCUCUCUCUCUCUCUCUCUCUCUCUCUC